AUGGACCGAUCUAAGCGUCUGCAGCAAAUGUUUGCAGGAGACGAGGCUCUCCUGCAACUGGACACUGGGUUGACGACAAAGAAGGAAAUCCCCUACGACUCGUGGAACGAAAUAGCUUCACAGCCGGCACAAGAGACUAUGGAAAUUACCGAACCGCAACCCACUGCACAGGAGAAGCCGAAAGACAAUAUCGAUAAUACUCCUUACACCCCCCGCAAAAUCCCUGCGUGGAAGCUUCGCAAUGCCUUUUGCCCCGCCAAAGCGCUUCCCAAGUUCCCCUACAAAUACAUUUUCCCCAGGGCAGGAGACUUGACUAGAAAUGUUGCAAAUGGCUACUUCGAUGGUGGUCGUAUUUGGCUCCAUUCCUGGGAUGUGUACUACUUGCCGAUGCCUACUCAAAUCAGCGAGCAACGCCUGCUACUCAUUCCAGCACCACAGGUCAAGUUGUUUCUCGACAUCAUCAACUAUGAGUUGGGAUGCGACUUAGGCCUCACAACCAAUGGCCACCACAGUCUAGUGCUUUUCUUCGACGAGGAUGACGGAACACCGAAGCCCGUGUAUCUGGGUCGAAGUGAUAGCCGUGAAGCCCUUGACGAGCUUGAGCGCGGCAUUCCCCAAUCCAAGGAAGGUGAUGACAACUGGACAAAGACCUGCACGCCAGAGGCUUUCGAUGCGUUCCAGAAGAAAUUUUGUGAUGGCAUCAUGACCUACAAGAAAAAGAAAUCAAAGUCGAGACACCCGGCGAGCCCAUUGGACGCCUCUAUCGCAAAAAUCAGUCGGAACCAUCCGAAUCAAAUCGUCCCAACUCGCGGCCUCUAUCAACUCAAGUCCUAUCUUGGGCUUCGACCGGCCAUCAAGGGAGGGGGGCACUUCGCCGACGAUGAGAAAUUCGCACCGGUGGAAGUACUUGAGCCUGUGCGCUGGGAAACUCUUAAUAACCCCAUUUUCUUUAGCAUUGAUUUGGAGUGGAAUGAGAGGAACCAGACUCAAGUGACCGAGAUCGGAAUCUCCUCUUUGGAUACCAUUGAUAUCCAUGGUAUUCCCCCUGGACCUCACGGAGAGAACUGGGUUAAGUACAUCAAGUCGGCCCAUCUACGCACUGCCGAACACAAGAACUUUUGCAACACGCAGUUCGUGAUGGGGUGUCCCGACAUGUUCCUCUUCGGCGAGAGUGAACUCAUUCCAGACAGUCAAAUCGGGGCACGAGCUAGACGGUUCUUUUUCCCACCGUACGAUGGAACCGAGGACACCGAGCGAGCAGAUAUUCCGGAGCACAAGCGAGGACCCCGCACUAUUGUGCUUGUCGGCCAUGGCCCAUACACAGAUCUCAAGAUACUUGCAGAGCGGAGCAAGAUCUUUGAAGCUGUGGAGGAUCGCCCCGAGAAGGUCAUUAGCGAGGUGAUGGACACUCAAAUGCUUUACGCAUGUCUACGCAAGGAGAAGAAUCCUCGAGGACUGGACAAUAUGUUGUAUGAACUGGGGUUUGAGCCGGAGUGGUUACACAAUGCGGGUAACGAUGCUCGGUACACGCUGGAAGCACUGAUUCGAAUUGCCCUGGUGUCGGCUUGA